AUUUAAUUUUCGUUCGUGCUAUUAUGUACAUUUCGAUAAUAAUUACGGUUUGCUUUGUGCUCCUGGGCAGUUACGUCAGCACUUCGACGCCAUAUUGGUUCGUACGUAUUUCCUGAAUUUGUCCAUAAAUUUUCAGCUGUCAAUACUAAGACAAUGUGUGUGUUGGUUUUUUUCUAGUCGUGACAAUCAGUGUCAAUCUUAAAUAGGCUUGGUGCAUUCUCCGUCAGUGCUGCCACCAUCGGAGAAUAUCGUAAACAAUCGUACGAUUAGAAUCGAAAACUAGACGUAUAUUUCGUCAGUUAUAUCGCAGUCAUGUGCAGUACAAAAUGGUGUCAUACAUUUUCGGUACUAUUAUUGAUAUACAUGUCAACCAAAGUCGAAAAUGUUGAGGUUGAUUGCCCUUCAAAGGGAAUACAUUGUGUUGACGAAACAACAUAUCAAACAUGUUGGUGGUUCUUUUUUAUGGCGUUUUAUGGAGAUGAAGUUGCAUGUCCCGAUGGUACAACCUGUAGUGAGACAACUGGCACAGAUAACUGUGUUGCAUCAAGUACUACGACCAUUACUCCUGAGACCACUACUGUGUUAACUACAAUUCCAGUGAAUAAUUCGACUGUAGAUAAUACUACCACUUCUCUGUUAGCCACUACAACGUCUUUGACAACAAACUCUUCGACAGCAAGUGAAUCAACCACAGUAGUAACAGUAACAUCAACAGUUAUAACAUCAGAUAACACAACGGUUACUAGCACAGUCCAAUCUACCCAAACACAAUCUAAUCCAGUGACUUCUACACCGAUUAAUUCUAGUACAGUCACUUCAAGUUCAUCUACGGCGUCAAUUAUUACAUCUUCUUCGUCGGAAUCUUCUUCAGCACUAAGCUCUACUACAACGCCUGUUACCACUGCGACAAGUACUUCUACUGCUUCUCUUUCAACGGGAGAAUUUAACACAACUUUCUCAUCAACUAAUAUUCCGCUUGUGACAGAAUCUGAUACUGUUUCUUCUACAAUUCUAUUAAGUACGAUUUUUCCCACAUAUCAAUCUACUGAAGAGGCUACUACUACUACAACAGAAUUCACUACAUUUUCUACAGAUAUCGGUGUAACGACAAAAUAUAAUGAAUUUUCUUCUUCAACAGAAUAUCCCUCAAGUACUGAAUCUAAUACCGUCUCAAAUAUUCCACGUGAGACUGAUUUAGAAACGUUUUCGUCAACAAUAUUAUUUAGUACAAUAUUUCCUACUUUUUCCUAUACAGAAGAAAGUUCCACAUCCGGUUUUGAAACAUCUAGUAUAUCUUCUUCUCCAGAUAAUAAUGUAACUGAAGAAAUUAGCUCAGAUUCUACAAGCUCUGAAUUAUUGACAGAUAUCUCAUCGUCCACCAAUAUCUUCUCCUCUACGGGUUCUCCUAGCUCUCAUAUAACCGAAGAAUUCAUAACAGAAGAAUCAACAUUUUCUGCUUCUAUAUCAUCUUUGACUGAGUCAGAUAUAUCACACUCAACAGAAACACCAUCAACUGACGAAACUAGCACAAUAUUCACUGUUACUUUGCCAUCUACCACUGAGGAUAGCACAUUUUUUCUUCAACGGAGGUACCAAUAUCUUCAUCAAUAAUAUAUUCUUCAUCAACGGAGGAUCUUAGUACACCUCUAGUAACAACAGAAUUCACUACAAUUUCUUCUACUGAUUCUUCUUCAAUUGAAAGCGACAGUUCUUCAGAAGCAGCAUCCACUUUAACAGAUAUUUCUUCAUCUGAAGUUUCUAGCAUACAGCCUGAUCAAUUUACAACUGUGUCAACUAUAUCUCCAAGUACAGAGUCUAACAUAACUACAUCAACUGAUUCUACGAAAGUUUCAACAGAUGCUUUCGAUGAAACUUCUAGCUCAACAACUGGAUCGUCUAUUACUCAGACUGUAACACCUACGGAAUCUAAAAUUACAUCAACCUCUGCUAAUUUUAAUUCUACAACUAUAAAAACAACAACGGUUAUAGAAACUACUACGACAUCUCCUGUAAAACAUAAACCUUGGUUUUGUUGGAUAUUCUUCUUCCUCUGCUGGUGGUGGUAAUAACAUAUCAACUUUAGUUCGAUUGUUUAAUUAAAUUACAAUUACUAACUAGUUUAAUAUUUACUAAAUAUAUUAAAGUUUAUAUCUAUAUCCUCAAUUGUUACAUUCUGAAAUGCCUAUGAUCAAGCAGACUUGGAAUUUGACAUUUCUCCAAUGCUUGACAUAAUUCCAAUGUAAUUUCCCAAAGGAAUUGUUUUUCGAUCAUCACACAAAGAAUGCUUGAUAAUAAAAGUUUUCAUCAUACUUUAUAUUUAUUUGCAAAUGUAUUUGUAGUUAUGAAAGAAGAACGAAAUUAUUGGGCAAACCCACAAUAAGAUAGCUAAAAUACGACUAAGUCGUAUUUUAGCUAUGUUUCAUGGCUAAUCUUAUUGUAGUUUUGCCCAAUAAUUUCAUAAUUUACUUCUUCUUUUUUUGUAGUUUUAGUUAGUGUAAUUUAUUUUAGCAAAAUAGAUCGUAGAAAAUA